UGCGUAGCUUCGCAAUAUGUACGUGGUUGGGCGCGUCGGAGGCAGCGUGUCAGUGCAUCGUGAGGCAGCGCGCAGGAUGGGCGCCGACAAGGCAAACGGAGUGGUCAACUACUGCCGCCGCCCGCCGCAGCGUCCUCUACUGCAGAAGAUACGUUACGCGAUAUGGAACCCCGAGGAAAGAACCUUCUUAGGACGAACGGCACAUAGAUGGGGUGUAAUAGGUCUGAUCUACUUAGUUAUGUAUAUCUGCAUCAUCAUCUUCUUCUCCAUCUGCAUGUGUGGCCUGCUCGCCACCAUGGACGACAAGAUACCGUACUUCACCCUCGCUGACUCCAUAAUAGGUGACAACCCCGGCAUGGGUCACCGUCCGCUGGUUUUCGAGGAGGGUGCGCUGAUCUGGUACGAUGCGGAUAACGCCUCGCAGUACGACAAGUACGUUCGAAACAUCGACCAAUUCCUUGCACCGUACGAGAACAAAUCGCUGCUGGUGACGAGGGGUGAGAACCAGCGCGAGUGCGGGGAGGUGAAGCCGCCGCGUGCAGAAGUGUGCGCCUUCAACACCAGUUUGCUGGGGCCCUGCGCCCACAAGCAUGCCUACGGCUACCCCACCAGGACGCCCUGUAUCAUCAUAAAACUAAAUAAGUUGUACGACUGGAAUCCCAUCUUCUACGACGAUCCUGCGACGCUGCCGCCCGGCAUGCCGCCAGACAUCAAGGAGUACAUCAACAAGACGACUACACCUCAAGAGCGUCGCAAGGUGUGGGUGUCGUGUGCGGGCGAGCGGCCAGCAGACGUGGAGGCGCUAGGCCCGCUGCGCUACUGGCCCUAUCCCGGACUGCCAGAGACCUACUUCCCUUACGACAAUACACCCGGUUAUCUCAGCCCGCUAGUCGCCGUGCAACUACUAAAUCCUACUCUACACCAGAUCAUCAAUAUUCGUUGCCGCGCGUGGGCCCGCAACAUCCGCUACACGGAGAGCCUCAAGGAGAGACUCGGUUCUACUCAUCUGGAGAUCAUGAUCGACUGAACAUCGGGACCAAUACAUCUCUAGUACUUACGAUCACGGGUUUGGAACUCACUUAUAACAAGAAAUGCACAUAAUAUUUAAAGAUUUAACUUCAAGUUUUUUUUUAAUAAAAUUAAGUAUUGGAGUUAAAUAUUUAAUUAACUCGUAUUUAAUACAUAAUAGGGUUAUGUAUUUGGUAUAAGAAGUUCCACCCCAUUUAUGUAUGUAGCUUGUUAGUUGUUAUGUGCCUUAUGUGACACUUGUGCAAAUUUGUGCAAACUUGUGCAAACUUGUGUAAACUUGUGCAAACUCGAUGUUAAGUAGCAAAUUUUAUACCGAUAAGUUUGUAUGAAUGUACUUAAUUUUUAUUAUUUAGGGAUUAUACUGGAUGAAGCGUAUCAAAAUAA